AUGUCUAGUCAGCGUCUUGUCUUAGGCCUCCCGCGUGUCUUGCCAUCGCUGCCGCCUUCGCUUGCACCACCGUGCGGUCCUUGCGUCGAGGGUCGGCUGCGCGCCACCCCUCACUCCUCCUCCUUGCGUCCGGCCACCGAGCCUUUUGAGACGCUCCACUUGGACGUCUGGGGCCCCGCCUCUCGCCUUGGCCCUGAGCGUGAGCGUUUCUUUCUGGUGGUCGUUGACGACUACUCCCGCUACACCACAGUGUUCCCCCUGGCGAAGAAGUCUGAGGUGACUUCUACGCUGAUCAGGUGGUUGCUUACCACUGAGGACACUCGUGGUCGUCGUGUCAGCUGUCUUCACUCCGACCGCGGGGGUGAGUUUCGCUCCGGCGUUCUCGCUGGAUUCUGUCGCGAGCAGGGCAUUCGUCAGUCCUGGACGCUUCCAGAGUCCCCACAGCAGAAUGGGGUUGCUGAGCGCCGCAUAGGCUUGGUCAUGGAGAUCGCCCGCACCUCCUUGACUCACGCCCGUGCCCCCCAUUUUCUGUGGCCCUACGCGGUUAGGUACGCCGCUCACCAGCUGAACCUCUGGCCACGUGUCUCUCGGCCAGAGGCUUCACCAACUAGUCUUUGGACCGGGUCCCCUGGUGUUGCGUCGCGUUUUCGUGUCUGGGGUUGCUUGGCUCUUGUCCGCGACACUUCCGUGGACAAGCUCUCGCCUCGCGGCGUUCCUUGUGUCUUCCUUGGUUUCCCUGAGGACUCCUCUGACUUCACCUUUUACCACCCUCCCUCUCACCGGUUCUUUGACUCCCGUGACGUCCGUUUCGAGGAGUCCACCCCCUACUACGUCAGGUACCCCUGUCGAGGUCUCCCGGUUCCUCCUCCCCCUCUCUUCCUCACUUUCGCUCCCCCUCCUGCUCCACCGGUUCAGCCUCCUCCCCCUGGUCCAGCCCCGUCAGAUGUUUCCCACGCUACCCCUCCCCCCUCGGUAGCCCCUCAGGUGCGGUCUCCUUCCCCGCAGUCCUCCCCACAGCCUGCAGCAGACCCUGCGGGGGACGGUGUUCGUGGCGAGGCCGCUUGGGGUGCUGGCUCUCGCGGUGUUGGGGUUGCAGUUGAGAGCGUCCCUGUGCCGGGUCCUAGUUCUGGGGGUGUUGGAGUUGGGGCUGAGUCCGUGGCUGCAAGAGACUCUAGUCUUCCAGGAGCUGGUGUUGGUCGCGUUGACCCUGAGGGUACUACGAGUGGGGGUGCGGGUGCGCCCUCUACGGGCCCUGGUGAGUCUGGCCGUGUUGUUGCUGGUGGUACUGGCUCUGGGGGUGACGUGUCUGGUGCUUUGGAGAGCCAUCCUGGAGCUACUGCUGCCCCGGACACUACUCCUCCUGCCCACCCCUACCCGAUUUGGCUCCAGGCUCAUUCCUCGUGUCUCCUUCCUUCUCCUCCUGAGUCGGCUCUUGCUGCUUCCCUCUCCACUCUUGUCACCGACUACUACCGCACGUACCGUCCUGUUCUCUCUCGUGUUCUCGCCUCUCUUGUUACCGACCCUCGUGCCUCUGUGUCCUCUGUCUCCGCUCUUACUGCCGCAGUCACUGAGUUUGCCUCUACUCGCCGCCUUGACUACGCCACCAGUCUUGUCGCUGAUCCUACUACCAGUCCUCUGGCCGUCGGGGGUGAGUCUGCCCUUGGCUGUGACGCCCUAGAGGACAGGCAGUUUGAGCUAGAGUUCCUAGCCGCCGCUUUCCCUCAUCUCUGUGCCAUGCUGCUCGCCCCUGAGGGAGACCCCGACGCCCUUGACAUACCGACUCCUCGCACUUACGCUGAGGCAGUGUCAGGGCCUUGGGCCUCUCAGUGGAGAGCUGCCAUGGACGCAGAGAUGGCCUUCUACAGAUCCACAGGCACCUACGUCGACGAGACCUUCGCGCCUACCCCGAAGAUGACCACUCUUCGGGUGUUACUUCACGUGGCAGCACAGAGAGACUACGAGCUACACUCUCUCGACUUCUCCACUGCCUUCCUUCAGGGUAGCCUACACGAGGAGGUCUGGUUGCGUCGUCCCUCUGCCUUCACUGGCACUUUCCCUUGUGGGACCCAGUGGAGGCUGAGGCGACUGGUCUACGGACUCCGUCAGGCUCCUCGUGAGUGGCACGACACCCUUCGUUCUACUCUGUCUGACCUCGGUUUCGAGCCGUCUUCUGCCGACCCAUCGCUGUUCGUUCGUCGUGGCUCCACACCGUUCUUUGUACUGGUCUACGUCGACGACCUGGUUUUCGCCACUGCUGACAGGGUUGCUUUGGCUGACGUGAAGUCCGAACUGUAG